AAAACCUUCACUUUCGAUUGUGUGCCCUAAAAAAUCAAUCAAACAAACAAAGCAUCACUCCAAUCCAAUCAACCUCUCUUUCUCCGUUCAUGGCCGCCAACUCCGAUGACGACGAUCAAGAGAACUCCCCCAAUCUCCUCCCACUCCUCCAAGACCAAGAUCACUCUCCUCCAUCGGAGCACUACCUCAACUCCAUCUCCGCCUCACUAUCCAUACGCCAACUCCGAUCCCAAGGCCUCUCGUUCCAGCUCUGGCCCGCCGCCCACUCCCUCGUCUCUCUCCUCGACUCCAACCCCCAAUCGCUUCUCCCUCUCAACCCAAACCUCCGAAUCCUCGAGCUCGGCUCUGGCACCGGCCUCCUCGGCCUUGCCGCUGCCGCCAUCCUACGCGCCAACGUCACCCUAACCGACCUCCCCCACGUUCUCCCCAAUCUCCGCUUCAACGCUGACUCCAACGCCGACACCAUCAACUCCCGCGGCGGCUCCGUCCAAGUCCAUCAACUCCAGUGGGGCAACUGCCUUGAUGCCGACGCCCUCGGCGGCGCGGAGGCCUUCGACGCCGUUGUCGCUUCCGACGUAGUGUACUACGAGGAGUUGUUUGAUCCGCUGCUGGAGACGCUGAGGGUGUUCGUGAAUGCAGAGAAGGUGUUUGUGAUGGGGCAUCUGAGAAGGUGGAAGAAGAGGGAUGCGGUGUUCUUUCGAAAGGCACGGAAGGUGUUCGACGUUUUGCCUGUUCACGCCGAUGCGCCGUUGCCGGGCUCGCGCGUUGGUGUCGUCGUUUAUCGAUUCAAAGCCAAGAAGAAGAAGAUGAAGGACUCGGCAACGUCUUGUGGUACUACUAGUUCGGAAAUUUCUAAAUUUGGUUGACUUUUUUUUUUUUGUCCCUAUUAUUAUUUUUAUUUUGUAUGCUGGAAAUUGGAAUGCAAGGCUUGUUUUUUUACUUGA